AGAAACGAGCAGUCUUCUUUUUCCUACCAUAUCACGAUACUCUAUUGGAAUCCUAAACCCAGUAUUACCAUCUUACGAUACUCUAUCGGAAUCCUAAGCCCCCUUAUUUUUUCCAUGUUCCGAUACUCAAUUAACCCUUACGAUACUCUAUCGCGGGUUUCGGCUUAUAUGCUAUGCGUUCUUCCAAUAUUGUAAAAGUUUUCUAGGAACCGUUAUUCCGGAAUCUGAUGAAAACGACGCUAGUGGGUAUG